UGAAAAUAGAAAUUUUCCAGUAGGCUUCAUCAAUGCAACUGACCCUGAUCUUGGAUCAGGAGGUGAAUUAUCUUAUUUUCUUAUAAGCAGAGAUGGGAGUGUUCUUCCCUUUAAAAUCUCUCAUUUAGGAUUCAUAUCAACUACUCAGUCUUUAGACCGGGAACAACAUGACAUUUACAGAUUUAAAGUGUUAGUAAAAGAUAAUGGUACACCAUCUCUUAACAACACAGCUAACGUUGUUGUUGAAGUUAUGGAUAAAAAUGAUAAUACUCCAUAUUUUACUUUCCCUAGUGUUAACCCUUUCAAUCUAGAUUUCCAUCACCAUCCGCAGAGUAACAGUGAUAUUACAACAUUAAGAGCCUCUGACAGAGACAAGCAUGUUAAUGCCUUCCUCAAGUAUGAAAUACUUGGAGGCAAUCACAAACAGUUAUUUAAAGUUAACCCUUACUCAGGAGUUCUGUCAUUCUCUCGUACAGUUUACCAAAAUGAUGCUGGAUCAUAUAAUCUAAAAUUAGCUGUCAAAGAUAAUGGUACACCAGUUUUAUCAGCAACAACUACAUUGUCUUUGACACUAACUGUUAGCAAUACAACAGCCAAAAUGUAUACAGCUGAAGACACAGAAUCAGACAACAGAAUACAUAUUAACUUGAUGAUUAUUAUAGUAGUAGCAGCAGUGAUAGUUUCUGUUGCUAUUGUAGUUUCUGUAAUUGUUUGUGUUGUUCAUAAAAGAAAUCAAAAAGAAAACCAUUAUGGUGCUACUCAAGACUUUGUUGGUGAGAGAAGACCAUCUGGAUACGUUUGUGAACAAGACUCUCCAAAAUAUGAUGUUCCUGUAACUAUUUUAUCAGAUCCAAAGCAAAUGAGAAAUUCUAAAACAACUCUUUUAAGAAGAGAACCUCAGUCCAUGUACAAACCUGGACAGAGCUGGAAAGGAUCAUCAUUAGGAGUACAACUUCAUAGUAUUACACCAGAAGCAUACCAAGUACAGGGUAACUUACAAGAUUUUGCAAUGACUUGUGCUGUUGGCAAAAAUCAACAACAUAUGGUUAUGUCCCCUGACCGUUUCAGUGAGAUGUCAACGAUGUCUUCUGUAACUGACAGUGGACAUGGCUGCAGUGAAGCAAGCACUGCGCACUAUGAAACUUUACCUGGCCUCAAAUCUUCUCUUCAAGAAAAUACCCCUAACACAGGCAGGAAGUCCUUACCACAGACAAUGAGUAAACCAAAAGGUACCAAUCCUAGGUCUUCCUAUCGACUUAAAACUAAUCUUUUUACUCAAGGCAAUAAUAUAGUAAACCUAAAAAGCACACAAGCAGACAACACCAACCCUAACUUUCCACAAUCUCAGCCCUGGGAUCUACCAACAAAGAACAGUUUCACUUCUUAUAACAAAACUUUGCACAAAGCCAAAGAACUCUGCUCGUGAAACUUUUAGAAGUUAGUUUUCAAUUUUAUGCUUCAGGAUAUUACUGAUAAAUCAUUUGUAGAAAGUUUUCAUGAUAUUUAUACAAUAUUAAAUUUUUUGACACACACAUAAAAACCAUAUUUUUAUUUUCAU